CUGCUAUUGUUUUUCACUUCUAUUAUGUUGUUGGAACUUCGUGAUCGCAACGAAAACUGCACUAGUAGAUGGCAUGCCCGUCCGUACUCUUGCUGAGGGAUWUAAAUUGGUCAGUGCAGCACCUCGGUACGAACGGUUUGCCCUGUUGGUUUCAUYGAAACAGUACCAGCCUUUUUCCGUUCCGAAUAUGGUUAUUGCUGUUGCUGUUGUUGCUAUUUCUUGCCGCCUCCUCGUCGUCCCGGCUUCUUGUUCAUCAUCAAAUCCAUCAUAUUGCCAAGAUCCACAGUUUCCUUCGUUGGAGUUUUUGUUUUAAUGGGGGUUGGAUCCAGCUCUCCCGUCAUGACGCCAUAGGCCACCCGAACGCCCAUMCCGAAUAUUCCAAGACCGGUAACGCCAAAGAAUCCACUCGCCAGAGAGAUCAUCCCCAUGACRACGUUGCGAAAGACCUGUGCCGACCUUAGCACAAAGUACACCUCGGUCUCGGGCGGAUGCAGGGCAAAGUACCCCCCAAGUUURUUYGUCGCGACCCAYAGUGCCGCUGCCACACCAAAAGCAAAAAAGGACCCAACAAUGGCCACGAUGGGAUUCACCCCGUUCAGGUCUCGGGCCUCGGCGAUGGCCUGUUGUAUUUCGGCGUCGGUUUUGCGUGGCCGUCCGUAGCCAUCUACCAGGCUCAUGGUCUUGCCUUUGGAUCCGWAUUUUUCGGUUUGUUCCGCUGCUUUGAGCUCGGCCAUCAAUCGUUCDUUGAUGGUAUUGGUGGCGACGGCGGUAGCAGCUGUCUUGUCGGUGUCGUUUUCGUCGUCGUUUUUGGUCUCGCUCGCGGCCUCGUUCUCCCCGUCCGAUGAUUCGUGCAAAACAAUUUUCGGUGUUCGCGGGCUCGAAGGACUGCGUGUGGUGGCAAGCAAUGUUUGCAGUUCGUUUUGGGGAGAACGAGAGGCCAAAGAACUCGUGCCGACGGUAUGAAAGGCGUGCGAUCCCGCGAGGAGAGGGGCGGCUAGCAGGACGCGGGAAAAGGUCGUAGCUGUAACCAUGUUGUAGUACUGGCGAAAAGUUUUCUUUUUUAGGCUGUUAAAUCAAAAAUAAGAGAGAUCAGUAUGGCUUUCAAAUUUCAAAUUUCACUAUUGGCUCUUCUGAUUUGGGUAACAACAGUAUCGUCGGUGAUACGGAAGGGGUGCGUCGAAGGCUGAUGGUAUUGCAUUGAUGCAUUCUUGGCGAUUGAUUCUGUCGACACCAGAUCGGUUCAAUCGAAAAAUCGAACGCGACGAAAAAAUAACGAUGGCGACACGAAAAACGUCACAUCGAAGUUGACAAACUACUGUCUGUGCUGUGUACGUUAGGGCCCUCCGGAACCAACCCGCACCUCCCCCAUUUUGGAUUUGUCCCUCAAUUUCGCGGUUAUUUUGUCAGGGAAAAAAUCCAAAAAAUCCAAAUAAUUGUUUWUGUUUGAUACAGUAAGCGCUCACCACAACAACAAAGCAAACACUGAAGAGAUCAGAUCAAGAAUUUCCUGGGGAUGGAGGAAUAAUACUACUAUUAUUCUUWGUUCAUUGUUACUAAGAUGUCGGGUUUGCGCAAUGGCACAAAUAAAGUACAGAAGUGCAG